UUUACCGACGGAGAGGGCAGACGCACGAAUCGGUUCGUGUCACACGAACGCCUCCGACGGCAAAGUCGCAACGCAAGCAAUUGCGCAGGCAGUGCAACGAUUGUCGCGUUUGCAGGCCACUAAAAAGUGAUGUAAAUAACAUUUUAAACCCAAAACACCGUACACAAAGACUUCAAGUACUUAAAUAACAAAAAAACAAAUCGAUAGACGCGUUGUGAUCGCUCUAAAACGCCGUAGCAACGGGCUGGUGGAAACUACGACACAAUUGACGUUCUUGUUUCUUAUAAUUAUGUCGUGAUUUCUUUAUUAAUUCGUACGUUGAACGUUUAGGCUGACUGUUGUUUACCAGAGUGCAGCGUUCCGUUCCCCCUCGUGUAUUGGAUGAUCAGAAAGAGGCUGGCGGCGUGUGUGGAGCGCGCGGCGCGGGGCACGGGCGCGCGCGGCAGGUGACCGUCGGUGUACGCGGCUGAUGUGGGCGGCGGGCGGCUGCUGCUCGCGGCAAGCAGGCGAGGGCGCGGCCCGGACGCCGGUCAAGACGUUCCAGGCGUACCUCCCGCCGGCGCACAGGACCUACAGCUGCAUACACUGCCGCGCGCACCUGGCGAGCCAUGACGAGCUUAUAUCUAAGUCGUUCCAAGGCAGCCAGGGGCGCGCGUACCUGUUUAAUUCAGUUGUAAACGUGGGCUGCGGGCCGGCGGAGGAGCGCGUCCUGCUCACGGGCCUCCACGCCGUCGCCGACAUCUACUGCGAGUGCUGCAAGACCAUGCUCGGCUGGAAAUACGAGCACGCCUUCGAGUCCAGCCAGAAGUAUAAAGAGGGCAAGUUCAUAAUAGAACUGGCUCACAUGGUGAAAGAGAACGGGUGGGAAUAGGCGCGCGGUCCUCGCACCCCUUGGGCCGCGCGCCGACGUGUCAUAUCGGAGACUGUGCGAAGGACUCAGUGAUGAGACAGUGAGCG